UUGUACCAAGAUUCGACUCCUCUCCUCAUCCGGGACCGCAUAAAUCUGAGCAGCUUUCUCUGAUAUUCCUGCGCCUGGGAACUAGAAGGCUUGAAAGGCAUAGCAUCAAUUCCUGACCCGGCCGUCAUCUCUCUAUACCAUGGCGUUCUCCGGAGCGCUCCAGCUGACGGACCUGGACGACUUCCUGGCCCCGUCUCAAGCCUGCAUCUUGCCCGUCAAGCAGAAGAACAAGGUUACAGAUCAAGCUCAGGGAGUGAAUCCGGAAACGGACAUCCAUAUUGACGCUCAGAACAACUAUUAUGAAGUAGCUAUCAGCUCAAAGCCAUCCACCGCUGCGCCAGCACCUACUUUGAAGCGUACGGAUAAGGCUGUAGACGGAACGGAUUCGGUAGGAGUUGUACAGGUGCAACCGCAGGGCGCCCAGGGCAAGCAGUUAGAGAAGGCCGAGAUCAGUUUGAACGACUGUCUAGCAUGCAGCGGCUGCGUCACUUCGACGGAAUCGAUGCUCAUCACCUUGCAAUCGCACCUGGAGGUUCAGACCUAUAUCAACGCCGAAGACGAUGAUCGCACGGGGAUCCUUACCGUCUCCCCUCAGACCCUCGCUUCCCUCGUCGCGUCGUACACCGAAACACCUUCGUCAUCCUCGUCGUCUUCAUCAAGCUCUUGUCAAGGCUUGACCACGACCCGACUAUUAAGGCGAAUCCGGUCCUUCUUCUCUUCCCCCGACAACGGCGGAUGGGCCGGAGUAUGGGAUACGACUUUUGCACGACACCUCUCUUUAAUGGAACACGUCGCAGAAUAUAAAGAACGCCGCCUGGUCGGCAAGGGCAAACAAGCUCUUACCCCAUCAUCCGCGGACGACCUGGGGACCCCUUUGAAGGGAGGCGGGUUGCCCAUGCUAGCUUCCGCUUGUCCUGGAUGGGUAUGUUAUGCCGAGAAGGCACAUGGGGACUUGCUGGAUUUUGUCAGUCAUACGAGGAGUUCGCAGGGUGUUAUGGGGAGCUUGGUGAAGCAGUGGUGGGCAGCGGAGAGGAAAAAGACCCCGAAAGAUGUAUACCACGUAACCGUCAUGCCUUGCUACGACAAGAAGCUCGAAGCAUCACGUUCAGAUUUUUACUCGGAACUAUACGAAACUAGGGAUGUCGACUGCGUCUUGACAACGGGCGAAUUGGAUCUCUUGUUGCGGGAACGAGGUUUCAACCCGUUCCAGGCGGUCUCAGGCGAGGACGCGCACGAGGUGUCCCCGAGAGACAGCCCUUUUCCUGAGCUGAUAUCACACCCUGGAACGUCAUCGGGCUCGUAUCUGCACACCCUCAUCGACGCCUUGGCGAGGGAACAUCAAAACGAUACCCGGCUAGUCACUAGACCUGUCCGUGGGUCGGAAGAUCACGUGGAGUAUAUCUUGGAAGACGCCGCGACGGGAGAGAUCAUCUUCAAAGGAGCUAAAUGCUAUGGAUUCAGGAACUUGCAAAACCUCGUGCGCAAGGUAGGGAAGGAAACCGGUGUCAAGGCUGUCGGACGGGGGAUUGGAGCCAGCAAGCUUUCCGCUGCGGUAGCUGCGAGAAGACGUGCCGGAAAAGCAAAGCUUGCGGCCGGGCAGGAUUCGGCAGUCUCUUCCUCUGCUAGUUCUAUCGCCGAGCAGGCCGAGGAUAGGACGCUAGACUAUGUCGAGGUCAUGGCUUGCCCUGGUGGGUGUGUGAAUGGUGGAGGCCAGAUGAAGCCCAAAUCCGAGAAUGCUGCCACGGCUGCAAAGCAAGCUGCGGGACGGGACGAAGAGGGGUAUAAUAGAGACUGGGAGAUGGAGGGCGUCGAGGCGCCCAAGAAGCAGAUAGAUGAAGGAAUGAGAUGGUCCACAAAGAGUUGGGUGGCAAAGGUCGAGAAGGUGUAUUGGUCGGGACUACCUACACCGCCACAAUCGCCCAAGGCGGACGGUCAAGAUCGAGUUGUUGCCGAAGAGGAGCAGGAAAAUCGCAAGAUUAGCGCGGUAGAUCCGCAAAUCGAAAUUGCCACCAAGAUCGGUCAGCAGAUCAUCGGUACAAUCGUCGAGUCAUCCAAAAAAUCACUGUCAACAACGAAUUCAGCCGAGAUCGCAUACGAGGCUCGGAUAAACUUUUUGAGAACUCGAUAUAGGAAGGUCGAAGGGGAUGUAAGCGGUUUGACCGCCAAGUGGUAGAGGACUUUUUCGCAUUGCAUAAUAUCAAUCAAUAGAUGUCGCAUCGACUUGGGAUAUGAGGCUUCCCUAGUCGCCGGGCGGUCGCAUAAGAGAUACGCCCUCUGUCGUUAAGUAAGCCACCGAGAGAAUCUACUUCGAUCUAGUCUACCGCCUAGGGAAC